AAUAGCAGCUGACAUAAUGUUUUGUAUUUUAAGCUGCCGUUUGCAGUUAAUGCGAUUCUUGGUUUCAAUAUUGUGUUCCAUCCAAGUUAACCAGUGGUUUUAUCAGGAUUGCUAUAUACGUGAUAAGACCAAAACUUGAUUUUAUAGUUAACAAUUUCAUGGUGAAAGUUUUAAUAACAUUUGUGAUUUAAAAGUCUUUGUUGUACAUCUGCUACGCUGUCAAUUCAGGGAGAUAGCUAUCUGUUGGUUGGAAGUUUGAAACUGGGAAAGAAGUGCACGACAACUUUUGUCUAAAAUUAGCUUAAAAGUUUUACAAAAGUUUUUUAUAUAAAUAAUGGAAAAUCGUAGCAAGUUUUACUUAAAAUCUUGCACCCAAUUGUCACUGUCAUCACAAGAAUUGGAAGAGCUUAUUGAAAAAGCUAAAGAUUGGGCGGUAAUGCAUGGGCUUGGGUUACGUCCAAUAGCAAAUAUUUCGAAAGAUUCGAUACAAUUUGCACCAUUCACGCUCCUUCCAUCAACACUUCCUAAAUCAGAGUUUGAAAAUGUCUGUGAACUUCAGCCAAUUUUCAAUAUGUUGAUACAUAAGGUAGCACAUGACUUUCAAUUUCUAAAAGAAACAUUAUCACCAACUGUUCAAGUUGACGAUUUCACGCGUCGACUUUUUGAUAUUUACGAAACAGUUUAUAAUGAAGGGCCAAUUCAAAGGGUGUCUCUCGGUUUGUUGCGAUCUGAUUUACUGUUGGAUGUAAGUGGUUUUGAUGGUCAUCAGGGAAUUAAAGAACCCUUCUGUUGUUUAAAGCAAGUAGAAAUCAAUACUAUAGCAUCUGGCAUGGCAUGGUUGGGGUGUAUAGCGAGAAAAUGCCACCAAUUUAUAUUCAAUGAAUUAGGAUUAAAUGAUUUAUUGAAAUAUUUGCCAGAAAAUAAUGCUCUCAAUAAUAUUUGUAAUGGUAUUUUGGAGGCUUGGAAAAUAUACAAUGACCCAUGUGCAAUAAUUCUUUUCAUUGUGGAAGAUUUUACAGUAAAUAUCUGUGAUCAAAGGUACCAUGAAUUUGAAAUCAAACAACUGAAUCCAAAUGUUAAAGUAAUCAGGAAAACACUUACUCAGCUGGCCACUGAAGCGAAACUUGGUCCUAACAAGGAAUUGAUUGUGAACGAUAAACCAGUCGCUGUUGUCUACUUUAGAUUUGGAUAUGCACCGGAAAAUUAUCUCGGAGAAAGGGAGUGGAACGUGCGAUUAUUGAUAGAACGUUCUCUUGCCAUUAAAUCCCCAUCCAUUCAAUAUCAUCUGGCGGGUACAAAAAAAGUCCAGCAAGCAUUAGCUAAACCCAACGUUUUGAAGCGGUAUUUAGGGAAAGAAGAAACCGUUGUUCGCGUCACAAAAAUUUUUGCAGGCCUUUAUUCAUUGGAUGCAGAUGAAAGUGGAAAUGUCGCACUAGAAAUGGCGUUAAAUAACCCCGAGAAAUUUGUUCUUAAACCUCAGAGAGAAGGUGGUGGUAAUAAUAUUUAUGGAAGUGAUAUUAAAAUCUUUUUAAAGUCAAUAAAAAGCAGAGAAGAGCUCAAAGCUUGGAUACUCAUGGAUAAAAUUUACCCCCCACCUCAAUUAAAUUAUUUUAUUUCUGCUAGUGACCCUACAUAUCUAAAGCCCAAGGAAUUAGUCUCUGAGCUUGGAAUCUAUGGAAUUAUUAUCGGUGAUGACAAAAAUAUAUUUUAUAAUAAACAGGGUGGACAUUUGAUGAGAACCAAACGAAUUACGUCCAAUGAAGGAGGAUUUAUGACUGGGGCUGCUGCCGUUGAUAGCCCUUUUUUAACUGAAUAAAUAACAUAUAUAGAGUUUCCUAAAUACUACCGAAUAUCAUACAAGUUUUUUUUAUAUUUUUGCAUAAUACUAUAUAAAUGAUGUUGAAUCAGGAUAUUAGCUUUUUAUAUGCUUUACAUAGUUAUUAAUUCUUCAGAGAUAUUAUUUUUUUAA